AUGGGUAUAAACGGCAGUGGAUAUGGCUCUGUAGAUGGUAACAGUGGUGGUUAUGGGGCUGGAAGCGGAGGCAGCAAUGAUGGCAAUGGAUAUGGUUCUGUAGGUGGUAAUGCUGGUGGGUCGGGUAGAGGUGGUGGUAGUGGGUCUGGAUCGGGUGGAGGUGGUGGUCCAGAUGGCGGCGGUAAUGGUGGUGGAUGGAAUGAUGGUAGCUAUGGUCCUGGUGCAAGCAGCAGGCAAGGGAGUCGGGGCAGUAGCUAUGGCUAUGGCAAGGGCUGGCGCAGGGGCCCUGGCUCAGGAUAUGGCAGCAGUAGUACUGGUCAUGGCAGCGAAGGUAACAACGGAGAAGGGCAGUAUGGAAUCAAUGGCGGGGGCCUAGACAGGGACAAGCAGCAGCUCCUAUGCAGCAUGAAACCAUGA